GCGUCGUGGCAAGAACGCGCAACGGGAUUGGGCGCCCGCUGUUGGCCAAUUAAAAUCCCCAGGGGGCUGAGAGGUGGGUGGAAGCGUCCGAGGACGAAAACGGAGCCUUGGGUGGCGGGUUAGACAAGCGGUUCGUGGCGAAGAUUCCAAAGCUGUCAACAUUACUCAAAAAAGCUUAAGUUAUAUUUUAAAGUACCUUUAUUCAUUGGAGAGAUGAAGAGAAAUAGAUGGCGAGGUAGAAGUAAUCAUGUACAGCAUCAUCAUAGACGGAUGCUUAAUGGCCAGCCUUACACAGUAUUCCACCAUCAGCAUUCUACCGAAAGGCCUGAAGAAAGAGAAUUGCAAAGCUUGCAGAACUCAGGAAGAAGCCAAGCUGAAUCACCAUCUGCAUCCCAAUCAUCCCAUUCAUGCCAAAGUUCUUCAGUUCCAGAAUUACCAGGAUUUUAUUAUGACCCUGAAAAGAAUCGCUAUUUUCGCUUACUUCCUGGGCAUAACAACUGCAAUCCUCUCACCAAGGAGAGUAUUCAUCAGAAAGAGAUGGAAAUGCAAAGGUUAAAACUUUUAAAAGAGGAUGAGAAAAUGAUAAAGAAAACACACAGAUCUGGGCUAAACUCUUCAAUUAUCUUUCGCAAGAAACAACUAGGUUUCUAUAGUUCUAUCACUUAUUGCAGUCCUACUUUUUGCUCUAAUAGACUUAUCUGCCUUUUAUUUUCCAAGGUGAAUUCUGCAUGCUGGGCCUCUUUGAGACAGCAGGAUUCUCAUCUUUUGUUGUGCCUCAUGGGUGCUGCAGAAAACGUAGGGUGUGCCAGCCUGCUCCCAGCUUCCUUCUUCAGCAGCUCUACUACAGCAGUUGAACGUGGAAUGUCAUGGAGGUUCAGUGUCUCCACAGCCUGGUCUUGUGCCUGGUGUCAUAAUCCUCAGGCUAAUAACUGCCUUAGUACAGGUUUAAAUCAACGAAUCAUUGUGACUAAUGCAGUGACUGGGCAUCAUCAAACAUUUAAUACCAACAGUGAUGUUCUAGCACAGCAAUUUGCCACCCAGUCUCCCGUUUUAUAUAAUGGUUGUCGUUCAGGGGAGAUUUUCAGUAUUGAUGUCCGUCAGUGCAACCAUAAAGGGCAAAGAUGGAAAGCUGGCCAAUUCUUCCAUGACUCAGCAGUCACAUCUGUUAAUCUCCUGAAAAGUGAGCAGUAUCUCAUGGCUGCAGAUAUGUUAGGCCAGAUAAAGCUCUGGGACCUGAGAAAACUAAAAUGUGUAAAAGAAUACAGCGGUCAUAAAAACGAGCAUACUAUUCUUCCUUUGCACAUCAAUGAGGAAGAAGGGCUUCUUUUAGCAGUGGGUCAAGACUGUUAUACACGAAUUUGGAGUCUCCAGGAUGCUCAUUUGCUACGAACUAUUCCAUCUCCAUCUCCAUCCUCCAGAGAUUCUAUUCCAAGUGUGGUGUUCUCAUCACAGCUUGGAGGUGCCCGAGGUGUUCCUGGCUUGCUUAUGGCAGUCAGACAAGAUCUCUAUUAUUUCUCCUAUAAGACAGAUGAUCCAUAUUGCCUGCAUAUUAAAGACAUGGACUGUUCCACCUUGCAUAGUGACUGAAAAUAAAAAUGAUGGGUAUCGUUGUGCUGCAUAGUUGUGCUGUACUUCUCAUAAUUAACAUUCAAGACUGCUAUAAUCAAUAUUUUUCAGUGUUUAAAAUAAAACAGAUUAUGAAUAGUGUACAUUUUCUUUUUUCUUUUGUUUUUCUUAGUAAUUAUCUACAAACUGAAACACAAAUUCCUGGUAUUUCUAGGACUUCUAAUACAAUUGCUAAAGAUUAUAACUAAAGUGAAAGCGGAUAUGUUUCACCUUUAAGAAGGUGGCAGAAUAUUUGAAUGUUCCACAAAUAGGUCUCAAAAUCUUAACAGAGUCCAGAGUGGGCUUUGCUACAUUGAUGCACAUAUUUUCUGAGGUUUUCAAAGCCCAUCAUUAUUUGAAGAUUAAGUAAAGCAGAUAAUUAUAGUCAAGCAGAUUAUUUGUGUAAUAUUACCUUUUAAAAGGUAAAGGUUCCCCUCGCAUAUACAUGCUAGUCGUUGCCAACUCUAGGGGGUGGUGCUCAUCUCCAUUUCAAAGCCGAAGAGCCAGCGCUGUCCAAAGACGUCUCCGUGGUCAUAUGGCCGGCAUGACUCAACGCCAAAGGCGCACGGAACGCUAUUACCUUCCCACCAAAGGUGGUCCCUAUUUUUUCUACUUGCAUUUUUACGUGCUUUUGAAACUGCUAGGUUGGCAGAAGCUGGGACAAGUAACGGGAGCUCACCCCGUUACACGGCAGCACUAGGGAUUCGAACCACUGAGCUGCCGAACGUUUGAUCAACAAGCUCAACGUCCUAGCCCGAGCCACCGCGUCCCAAACAUAUUACCCUUAAAAUAGUAUUAUUUUAUACUAUUAUAAUACAUAUUAUCUUUAAAAUAGUAUUAACUGAGAUGGGAAGCUUCUGGUUUUCAGCCUAAUGUAGGAUGGCUUGAAAUAGAUUUCUUCCAAAGCUUUCAUUGUCUUGUGUUUUGCCACUGUUCUUUUUAACAACAGCUGUAAGCAUAUCUCUGUUAUUCUAUUCUAUUAUAUAGUUUGUGAUUACAGUUUUUUCUGUUAAAAUAAAAUAGUGCCUGUU